AUGUUUACUCAAUCCUGGACUCCUGUUUCAUUCAAAAUCAGGGGACUGGUGGUUCUGUUGCAUGGCCUGAAUGAACACAGUGGCAGAUACAGUGAUUUUGCUAAGCAGCUGACUGCCAAUGGAUAUAAGAUCUAUGGAAUGGAUUGGAUUGGCCAUGGCGGAAGUGAUGGGCUGCAUGCCUAUGUUCACUCUUUGGAUGAUGCCGUUGCUGAUAUGAAAUCAUUUCUUCGGAAGGUUAUAGCUGAUAAUCCAGGCUUCCAUGUUUUUGCUUUGGACAUUCCACUGGUGCAACCAUUGUCAUCAAGGCUGUACUUGACCCAAAGUUCAUUUACCUUGAUGCCAGGCACUUGCCCCUGUUUUUUCCUUCUUGUUGCCAAGAUACCAAUUCAGUGCUGCGAACAAGACGUUUCUCGGGACCCAGAGGCACUCCUGGCAAAGUAUUCAGACCCCUUGGUGUACACUGGAUCCAUCAGAGUGAGAAUUGGUUAUGAGAUACUUCGAAUUGCAUCUUACUUGCAACAGAACCUGAGCAAAGGGAAAGUACGGUUCCUAGUUCUCCAUGGCACUGCUGAUACAGUAACUGAACCAGAAGCUUCUCAAAAACUCUACAAAGAGGCCUCCUCAACUGACAAAACCAUCAAACUGUAUGAAGGGUUGUUACAUGAUCUGCUCUUUGAACCUGAACGAGGAGAAAUUUUGAAGGACAUUAUUGAAUGGUUGAAUUGUAGAACAUAA